AAGUUCAACAACUUCCACGAACUGGCCUUGACGGAAGAACGAGAUACUUAUAAUAGUCGAAGAGGUGAUCGAAGAAAUAAUGAGACUAAUACUAGAUGGGGAAGUUAUGACCAAGAGAAUAAUUUACUAGUUGGUGAAAUAACAAUUAUAGAGAUGAUGUACGAGACAAAAGCUGUAAAUCUACAAGAAAGGCCAAAGCGAAAAGGGUUCUAA